GAUAAUCUUUUCUUCCUGGGUCGUGAGAGAUUAUUAACUGUUUGUGUUCAAUGGGACGACGAAUUCACUUUGUGGUUGACCCCCAGGGUUGGUGCUGCAUGGGCCUGAUUAUCUUUGUCUGGCUGUACAAUACAAUCUUCAUUCCAAAAGUCAUCCUUUUUCCUCACUAUGAAGAGGGACAUAUUUCAGUUGUAGCAAUUUUGUGUUAUUACUUCUGCUCAUUGUUUUGUAUAGCUUCAUUACUAAGAGCCUCGGUAGCUGAUCCAGGAAAGCUACCUGAAAACCCAAAGAUACCGAUUACAGAACGAGAAUACUGGGAAUUAUGUAACAAAUGCAAUAUGAUGAGACCAAAGCGUUCACACCAUUGCAGUCGUUGUGGACAUUGCGUGAGGAGGAUGGAUCACCACUGUCCAUGGAUUAAUAAUUGUGUUGGUGAAGACAAUCAUUGGCUGUUUCUACAGCUGUGUUUCUACACUCAGAUCCUUAGUUCUUAUACGCUGAUACUUGAUUUCUGCCAUUACUACUACUUUUUGCCUCUGAAGAAGGGAAACUGGGAUGUUUUUGUAUUUAGACAUGAACUUGCUCUCCUAAGAAUAUCUGCCUUCAUGGGUCUAAUAAUAUUAGGUGGAAUAAGUGGACUCUUUUACACUCAGCUAAUGGGUAUUUUCACUGAUACUACAAGUAUAGAAAAAAUGUCAAACUGUUGUGAAGACCUAUCGAGGCCCCGAAAGCCAUGGCAGCAGACCUUCUCAGAAGUUUUUGGCACUCACUGGAAGAUCCUGUGGUUUAUUCCUUUCAGGCAGAGGCAACCACUGCGAGUUCCCUACCACUUUGCCAAUCACGUCUAAACAGAUGGAUGGUGGGCACAGAUGGGUCCUCCAUGCUGGAAGUGCGUUACAGGUUUUGUGAUAAUAGGACUAUGACAGUCUUCAAGUCAAUUAAAAUACACCCACCAAUUGUAGGCAUCACAAUGUGCCCCAGGCUUUAUUAUAGUAGUAGUCUUGAUUCUGUUCUGAGAUUAAUACAAGUUGUAUGUUUAAUUUUAGGCAUAUUUACUUUCAAAUUAGCUUUCCAAAGGGAUUUCUUUCAUCUUUUGUUAAUACCAAAACCAAGUGACUGGAAUGCAGUCUUACUCUAUUUGUUUGAUACUGGCUGUUUUAAUUUUUUUUUUUUUGGUAGGAAACACUGAAUUUUGCGUUGAAUGUUAGCUUUCCCACUAAGUGUCUUAUUCUGCCUUGAAUUUUUUUUGUGUGUUUUUAUCACUUGGUCUGUCUAGAUAAUAUUCAUGUCUUUUUUCUGCUACAUCUGUUUAAAAUUCCCUGAUGCUGC